AUGCUUAACAUUUUCAAAUUGGAUCCCGAUUUUGAGAAAAAUGAUGCUGCCUGCGACGAGAUCCGUGAACAAAUCAUUGGUGACGCCGGUGAAAAAAUGCCCGAAAUGACUGAAGAAUUGCCUGAAAAGAGUGUCAAACGCAUAGAAGAAUCGGCCAUCUCGUUGAAGAAAAUCGCCCAACUCGAAGCCGAUUUGGAAGAAAUGAAAAAGGACAAAGACAUCGAGAUGAGUCGAUGGACAGCAAAAAUCGCUCAAAUCGAGGCGAAGUUGGAGGCCGAUUUCGUUGACGAAAGGGAGAGAAAUCGAGAAUUGAAAGGGAAAAUCGCCGAGGCGAAAAGGAAGAACGACGAUCUCGAGGCACAAUUAAGAACUCGAAAUACGGAAGUGAGGGAAGGAAAGACCAAGAUUGGAGAGCUCGACGGGAAAAUCAACGCGUUGCAGAGCAAAAUCUCUGGCUUUGAGACCCAAAUUGAAUGUGAACAAAAGGAAAGAAGUGAUGAAUUCACAAAGAUCAACUCGAAAAUUUCGCAAAGUGAUGAUCGAUCGACGAAGAUUGGUGCUGAUUUGAAAGAGAUAGAUUCCGAAUUCGCCGAAAUGUCAAGGAAAAUGGCGAAGUUGGAGACUGAUUUCGGU